UUGCUUUCAUUGUGACCUUGAUGGUCUUAUACUUGACUGGUUGUGGCUUGGCGAUAUUCGGAGCGUUGAAGCUAAAAAAAUGGUUUCUGCUCCCUUUUAUUAUUGGCGACUUUAUACGUGUAAUCUCCGGCUUUGCCUCACAUAUUAUAUUCAUGAUAAUUUUGAAGAAGAAACUCAAUUUGGGAUUUCUGAUCGUUGUCACUUUAGCCGGUGGCUUUAUAAUCUUAUACCUCGGCUACAAUUGGGCCACAAGCGUUGCACUCUUUCAAAUCAUCGAACUCAUACACACUGAACGCUACCGCAAGCUCUACGGUGAUGAUCCCUUCCAUCCACAAUUACCACCAAACUAUACUGUCGCCUCACAACUACCGUCUCUGCACGGUUACGGUACAGUGGAGAAUGUACGUGUGCUGGUCACGCCACGUAGCGGCGAUAUAGACGAGCAAAAACUGCGUCAAACUCAACGUGAACCGGUGAACGCUGCCGAAAUGCCAGUGAUUGCUGUCUUGCCAGCGAAUUAUAAGAAUAGUAAUGAACGAGUUGUGCAAAAUAAGCAACUAAGGAAGCUACAACAACAACCAUAUAGUUCCUACGAAGAGCAACAGAACGAUUACAAUGCAGACUUCGGCAAUUGGCAAUGGUCCGAGUUGAUGGUUGGCAGGCAACGCAAGGCGAUGAUUAGACGCAACUGGUGA